AUGGUCUCUCCCCCUCCUUCGGGCAUCUACGUCCCCGUCCCCACUUUCUUCGCAUCCCAAUCCGCAUCCAACUAUGACCCUGUCAACAACCCUCUGGAUCUCGAAACUCAGACCAAGCACUCGCUCUUCCUCGUCAAGGGCGGUGUCCGUGGUCUUGUCAUCCUGGGAAGCACUGGCGAGGCCAUUCAUCUCACCAACAAGGAACGCAACCAACUCAUCGAGAGCCAAAGGAAGGAGCUCGACAACGCCGGCUUCAAGGAUAGACCCAUCAUCGCCGGAACCGCCACACAAAAUGUCGAGGAGACUCUGAUCCAGCUCGAGGAUGCUAAGAAGGCCGGUGCCGAGUACGGCAUGGUCCUCACACCAGGUUACUUUGCUUCAGCCGCUAGCCAGCAAGGUAUUGCCAAGUGGUUCGAGGCAGUUGCCGACAAGAGUCCCAUUCCCAUCAUGAUCUACCACUACCCUGGUGUGACCAACAACAUCGUUGUGGCCCCCUCAACAUUCGAACGCCUUGCACAACACGCCAACAUUGUCGGCUGCAAGCUGUCACAUGGCGACAUCCCCGAUCACACUUUGAUCGCUUCGUCCCCAAAGAUUGAUCCCUCGCACUUCAAAGUCUUCUCUGGGCUUGGUCAAAACCUCCUUCCCGUUCUUACGGUUGGCGGUCAAGGUGCCAUUGACGGGCUUGCUGGUAUCUUCCCUCGGGUGGUGGUCAAGCUUUUCAACAUGUUCCAAGAGGGUGCAGACAACAAGAAGCUACGUGAGCUACAAUUCAAGAUCUGCGAAGGUGAGAGACUUAUCGGUAAAUGGGGUACUGUUGGUAUCAAGGAGGCCAUUGCAAGAUGCUGGGGCUUGGGUGACAAGGAAGGCGCCAGACUACCACUGCAGGGAGGCUUCCAGGGUGGAGAGCAAGAGUGGAGUAACUGGAGCGGUGUCUACGAGGGUCUGAAGCAGCUGGAGCAAGAGUUUGAGAAGAGUGGUUAG